AUGCUAGGGAAGAGGAUUGGUUCGAUCAAGAACCUAGCCAAGAAGGCUAAGGCGCGAGGUGCCAAUGAGUCGUCACAUGACGAAUGGUUACUCGGGGAUGGUGAAGAAGAAAUAAGUUCGCCGUCUUCAUGUUCUUCACCAUCCUGCAAAACCCCUACUGGUUUUGUCACUCUUUAUGUAGGGGAAGAAAGGCGUAGGUUCGUUGUCCCCGUGGGCUACUUGUCUCACCCUCUUUUCAAGAUGUUGCUAGAGAAGUCAUCCGAGGUGUUCGGGUUUGGCCAGAAGAGUGGAUUGGUGGUUCCAUGUAGUGUCAAUGCUUUUCAAGAGGUGGUGAGUGUUGUGGAAUCUUGUAAUGGAAAAUGUGAUUUGAGUAGUUUGGUUGAAGAGUUUAUUUAG